AAAAAAGUGAACUGUGCUAUGAAAAUGUUGAGAGCUAUUUAUCUUACGUGUGAGCGCGGUAACAUUUCCCUCGUUAUCAAGUACCGUAAGGAGUAAGGACUAGAUUUUCAGUAGAAGUCCGUCGUGAGUGUUGUCCAGCGUGACUCAAAUUGGAAAUGGAGGGCAACGAAGACAAUACAGAGAAAGGCUUGGAGGGCACGGGUCUUGAGCUUCCAGUGAAUCGUCAUGGCAACUUGAAAAGUGCUUCCACCGAUCAAAACCUCACCCAUAUUCUUCAUCAUAUUAAGUCUUCCAAAACCCCUGCAGUUAUUAAUUACGGUGCAUCAUGGUGCAGAGUGUGCAGCCAGAUUCUGCCAGCAUUUUGCAAGCUGAGUAAUAACUUCCCCAAGCUUUCCUUCGUAUAUGCGGAUAUUGAUGAAUGCCCAGAAACAACUCAACAUAUUCGUUACACACCCACAUUUCAUUUCUACCGUGAUGGCGAAAGAGUCGAUGAGAUGUUUGGUGCUGGAGAGGAAAGACUUCACGAUCGAUUGUGGUUGCACUCCUGAAUACAUAUGUUUAGCUUAACGUUUGUAAGCAAUUUGAUGUCAAUGAUUUUUACUUUUCCAGACUAUAUACUCUUGGCUUCAAGUCUUGUUAUAAUACACUUGGCUUGUUAUUUUAGGGAUAA